AUGCCUGCGCGUGGCCCUCCGUCUCCGAGCUCGCAACCCGCAAAGCGACAGCGACAGGACUCUUUUGACGAUGGAUCGCCGCGCAACGGCCAGCCGAGCCCUCAUGACCGUGACCGUGAACGUCUCCAGGCCGACGGCGCCUCCGCUUCCGCCUCUUCCACCACUGCCUCCCCAUCAGUAGCGGCCAAGCCAGGCCAGAGCAGUAACUUUCGCAACGUCAGUGCUUGUAACCGUUGUCGCCUACGUAAGAAUCGUUGCGACCAGAAGCUUCCGAGCUGCGCAAGUUGCGCCAAGGCAGGAGUCGCUUGUGUUGGCUAUGAUCCUAUCACAAAGAAAGAGAUACCACGAAGUUAUGUUUUCUACCUUGAAACUCGAGUAGAACAGCUCGAGAAUCUACUCAAUGCCAACAACAUCGCCUUUCCCCCAGCCGAGAAUCUCGAAUUGUGUUCUAGGAUAGGCAAUGACACCGCUAGCAUCAACUCAGCUACCGAAACAGGGUAUUCUGGACCAUCAGAAGCAGGCGACCGCGGCGCAGGGAGACCCCAGAGUCAGGCAGUUGAAUCGCUCAAGAAGAAGUCUGGCCAACAGGGUUUCCUCAACAUCGUUAGUCCGUCAAAACCUCGUUCUCUCGCGUCUGCAUCUGGUGUGUCGUUUGCGCGAGUUGUGUAUGCUGCAGUUCAAUAUUCGGCUGCUGGACAACCGAACUCGAAUGAUUCCAGAGCUCCUAGACAACCGAGCGGAAAUGGAGCUUCUCUGCGCGAUUCCUUCUUUGGUCUACAUACAAGACCUUCCAUUAAGCCUGCUACUUUCCCCAGCAAGGAAGUCGGCUUGCGGCUCGUGAGAUUAUAUUUUGAGCAUUCUAAUCCUCAGAUUCCUAUUCUGCAUAGAGGAGAGUUCAUGCAGACGUUUGAGCGUAUAUAUGCGACUCAGGAUCCAGCUCGAGGUUCGCGAGAACUGUAUUUGUUGAACAUGGUAUUCGCUAUCGGCUGUGGUGUCAUUGUGGGCGAGCCAGUGAAAACAGAAUCAUCUGGUGGUGAUGUGGAUAAUAGGAGUCGUUGUGAGCCUGAAGAAUACCAUGCGAGCGCUAUUGUACACUUGGAGUCGUGUUUGAGCAAUAGCGGAGGAGGUCUGGAGGUGUUGCAAGCUGUGCUUCUCCUCGCCAAUUUUGCUCUUCUUCGCCCUGUUCCUCCCGGUCUUUGGUACAUUAUCGGUGUCGCCGUGCGACUCGCAGUCGAUCUCGGUUUGCACUAUGAGGAUGAUAGAGAAAUCGAUGCUGGACCUAACGACGCCGAACAGACCGAUGGUGCUCGGGAGAAUAGCGUCCAGAAUCGUGGAAAGAAGUUGUGGAUUCGAGAUAUGCGACGACGGCUCUGGUGGUGCACGUACUCCCUGGAUCGACUGGUGAGCACAUGCGUUGGAAGACCAUUCGGCGUUAGCGAUCAGGUCAUCACGACCGAGUUUCCCUCACUGUUAGACGACGAGUAUAUCACACCGACCGGGCUGCAGGAUCCACCGUCAGAUCAGAUUCAACCCAGCUACAAACAUGUAGCCCAUCAUUACUUCCGCCUGCGGCUGCUGCAGUCAGAGAUUCUCCAAGUAUUGCAGUAUAAUCAGGCUCAAAUCGCCAAGGCUGGUGUACAGGGCAAGUAUCCCGAUAUGCACAUUCAUUUGCCUUCGCCAUUCUUGGUGCAGUUCGAUUCGUUCCGGUCGUGGCGCAUAGAUAUAGAUCGAAGGUUGUAUCAAUGGAAGACGUCGGCGCCAUCAAAGCAGGAGACUGGUGUCAUGUUCUCGACCGAAUUCUUGGAGCUCAACUACUGGCAGGCUAUCAUCAUGCUCUAUCGCCAGAGCCUCAGCGUCCCCGCCAUGUUCGAGGGCGAGUACAAUUCAUCAAACGAAGUCAACAGUCCAACAGCGUUCCAAGCAGAGCUUCGAGAAGAUGAGGACCGUAUCUAUCUUAAGGUCGCUGAGGCAGGCCAAAAGAUCCUUCGUUUAUACAGACAGCUUCACCUCAGCGGGCUCGUGAGCUAUACAUAUCUUUCCACACACCACCUGUUCAUGGCGGGAAUCUCGUACCUUUAUGCUAUAUGGCAUUCACCCAUCGUACGAAGUCGCCUGAGCAUGGAUGAAGUGGACUUUACUAUUCUCGCCGCCAAAUCGGUUCUCACAGAUAUGAUCGACAAGUGUCCGCCCGCCGAGACAUGCCGAGAUGCAUUUGAUCGAACGGCUAAGGCCACCAUUAAGAUGGCCUCUUCAACAGGCGGUUUUGGUGCCCCAGCGGCCCGAAGACAGCGCUCUGCGUGGAACACACCACCUGACUCGUCCAAGACCUCUACACAAGUACGUCAUCGCAAUCAAGGCUCAGAUCAGGCGUCUUAUCCAAUCGACCUAUCUCUGUCCGACUCCCUUUCUCCCAGCGUGUCGGUUAGCGGUGACGGCAAUGCCCAGCCAUCGCCACCAAUGGCACGUUCGGCCGAAGGAUACUUGAUGCAGUCACGAUCUCGAGGAGGACCAAGUCCUUCAGAUUCUGGUCUUAAACAAGAAGGCUCUCCCGUAGAGUCAGGUAUGGUCCCUUCACCUCUUCCCCGAAGAGUCACAUCUCAGCCAUCCAACGGAUCGUUUGGAGGACAACAACAAUUCAAUGGGCAGGAUUACCCGGAUGCGCAGACAAUGGAGUUCCUCCAAAACCUAGGAGCGUCCUCAAACGGCGAUUUUACCGCCAUGGAUCAGUCGCAGCUUGAUAUGGGACUCAGCAUGAACUGGGAAGGUCUUCAUCACGACUUUGGUGAAGCACCGCAACUGAACCCCUUUGAUACCUUUUUCUUCGGCGGACCACAAGGAGGUGGUAACCAAGACGGUGGCAUGAACAUGUAA